CUUUCGAAUAUAAAAUUUGAAACUCAGUCUAAUGUUCAAGGAAACUGAGGAGGAUGACUACAAUGUGACUCUCGAACAGAACGAGAAGAUCAACGAGACUGUGCAGAAGAUAAAGGAGAGUAUUAAGGAUGAACCUGAGUUUUACCAAAGCCUUAUUGAUAAGUACGACCUUGAUAUUGAUGUUUUCUUUGACCCCCAGCAUGAUGAUUUUGAGGAAAAAUAUGCAGUACCAGACCCUAACAAAGAUAAUAUCUUACAAAUGAUUGCUUUUAAGUAUGUAUCUAGAGGAAUCUUGAUCACAGGAGCGUGGAUUUUGUACUCAAUUACUAGAUUAGGGCUUAGAAGGUAUGGAUAUUUCCCAACUAUCAUGAAAAAGACCAGAUAUUUGAGCAUCCCUGUUUACUGAGGCCUCAUUUUCUUUUGACAAAGGGGAUAUUCUCAGGAACAUACUUCAAGAGGUCUAACUGAAUACAAAUGUAAAAGAUCUACAUUCGAAUAUCAUACAAAAGUCAUGAAGAGUUUGCUUCGAGGUCAGAUAGAGUCAGUCAAUACUGAAUCUCAAAAUAACCAGAAAAGUAUCAAAAUUAAAGAAAUCGCAAAUAGGCAGAAGUAA